UGCCCUUCUGCUGCCGCCUCUAGCUUUCUGCCAACCCACUAGGUUUCAUUUGACUUAAAAUAAAUUACGUUGAAUAUUUUAAAAAUGUUAAAUUAGCCUGACAGAAGAGAUCCGAUUUAUUUCAGGUGCCACGAGCUAUGAAAUGAAGCUCUUUGGGCCAUUAGAGUUUAUCUUCUUUGUGAAAGUACAGGGCAAGAUUGAAUUGAAAUCCAUUUGCGUUUGAGUAAUAUCGAAAUCACAGGCCCAAUAUUCAUCUGCGAUGGCUGUUUAGAUGGGAGUGGGGAGGAGCAGAGGGGGCAGGAACUUGUGCAGAAGAAAAUUCCUCACGUGGAAAGUCAACUUUAAAAUUUUACGCCCUCCUAGCACACAAACUGCUGAGAUGAAAAAGGAACCAAGGAAGCCAGUGGGGAAUGGUGGGAGAAGAUGCUGGACACUGAAGCUAAUUGCUACAGCUCUUCAAGGGUCAAAGUUCAUGUAAUCACUGCAUAAAUGCAUACUAAAUAAGGAUUUAUUAAGCUUUUCUGAUGGCUGAGCACGUCUGUGGAAAAAAGAAAAAAAAAAAAAAAAACGGUCACUGCUGUUUGUGUUUCUUCCUGAAGAACAAUCAUCCUUGCAGUAGAAGCUUUAGGAGCCUGAGUUUUAAUUUACUGUUUUGAAUGACAGGCAACACUUCUGUUUAAAAUUUUUUUGAAAUUAGGGCAUGAACAGCAUCUUUGUUUAUAUUGGAUGGAUGGUAAUGUACCUCUCUCACUCCUAGCAAUGCUAUGGCUUUUUCCUUUUCGAUACACAGGAGAACAUGAAUUAGCAUGUUCCUAUCAGAUAAGAUAUUCACUAGAUAGCUACAUAGAGUGACCCUCUGCUGUAGAGAAUCUACUUUUUGCCUGCAUUUCUGAGAGCACACAAAAGUUCUGCCUUAGGACUUCUUGUGCCUAGGUGACCAGAACUGAAAGGAAUCCAUCUACCCAACUGUCAUUUUUAUGAGUCAGAAAGACAAGGCACCUAGAGAUGGGUUGAUCUGACUUAGAGCACAUAAUCUCAACACUCCUAAUCCCUAAAAAAAAAAAAAAAAAAAAGAGUGGUUUAGAACCUGAGGCCAGUGCACUUAAUUCUAAAUUCCAGAUUUGAUUCUGUUCCUUCCCAUUUAUUCUACAUGAUUUGUUUUGGUUGGAUGUUGUUUAAAUUUUUCCACUUCUGGUUUACUAGCCACCCACUCAGUUAAGUCUUUGAUUUUGAAGUCAUCGGCAUUACUGAAUCUGUGAAACAAUCUCCCUGUAGGGCAGAUGGACAGUUCCUACCAUCUUGCUGGAACAACAAAAUGUUGGGCUACUUGCUGGUAAAAACAUAUGUUCUUAAAACAUAAAAAUGAAAAUAGGGUGGGCAGGCAAUGUUCAACACACAUACAUUUUUGUUGCUGCUGUUGUUUUUAAACCUAGACUACGGAAGAAUAAAUGAAAGAGGAAUUGCCUGCACUGAAGUUCAACCUCUCUUAAAUUGUCAGAAGGUAUUGGCCAGGAAGGGCUUAGAGAUGCAAGGAAUACUCCAUGGGGGUGUCUUAACACUGAAUCUUUUUCGUGUUUGUUUCUAUUUGGUUUGUGGCACAGCACAUCCUCCUGAAUUGUUCUGGACCAAAUUUCUUAAUUUUCUUCACGACUCACUAGGGCGCACCUAAAGCACGUGCACACACACACCCCCCCAAAGCCCAAACAAUGAACAUAAAGUUUCCUUGCAACACAACCUGCCACGUUUUCCUUUCUCGGUGGAGCCCUACUGAUCUCAGCAGAACCCGCUGCCCAAACGGACAUCUGCGGCUGUCAGUGUUUGAAAAGCUUAACUGGAAUCCCUAGCGUUUUAGAGCCUUAUUUUUAAUAACAUCAGCCAUCAAAUAUAGCUGACCUUCAGGUUGCAGAACUGAAAACCAAGGAUCAAUCAAGCAACUCUGCCCGGUAGACGUUAGCCUAUGAACUCCUCCCCCACCCCACCCCAAAUCCCAAUUACAUCCCACAAAAUAUUGUGGAAAGACUGCAUGUGGGCUUAUUGUAAAUAAUGAAAAGAUCACCAUAUCUAAAAUACAAUCUCUCUUUUUUAAACAUCCCAUUACAUUUUUCUUGUUAAAAAUGUAUUGGUAAAACGUCUCGCCAUAAAGCAAAUCUAUAGAAAUCAGAUUGUUUUACGUCUUCCUUUUAGGUUUGGGUCGUUAUUUGGUUAGUUUAAAAAACAAAACAAAACAAAACACAAAACACCACGCAGGUGUUUGCAACAGAAGAUAAAGGGGAAACUAUUGGAUGCUUUUUUUUUUUUUUUUUUUUAAAUCGAGAUACUUUUCAGCCGCGCUGAGCAUUUCACAAAUUACGACCGGCUGCUUUUUAAAAGAAAAAUCGCCACAGCCCUAUUACGAGAAGGCAGAAAGCAAUGAUUUAAAAUGGUACAGGACCCCCCCCCCCUCCAGUCCACCCGUCAGCGAGGCGGUUCUGGGAACCCAAGCACGGGGAUUUUCCAUUCCGAAGAGCAAAUGGGGACCUUGACCCGGGCAGCCGCGGGGAGAGCGCGGCGGGCGCUCAGCUCGUGGGGGCGGCGCUGCGUCGCGCGCGGAGACCCGGCCGGUGCCACGGCCGUAGGGGGCCGGCGCGGGGGGGGGUGCCGCCGGGUCCCCGGGGGCCGGUGGAGGUGGAGGGGCACCCCGACGUCACGGUCACGGCUACGACGCCCGUCCCCCACGGCUUCCCCGCCUGCUCGCCCCGAACUCCGGAGCAGACGUCGCGGCUUCCUUUCGCGUCCCCGCGGGACCCCCGCGGCGCCGGAGGCGGCAGCAUCCGGGCCUUCCCGGGGCCGGCGCGCCGAGCCCGGCCCCAGCGCCCGCGCGGUUGACCGUGAACGCCCCCCGAGUCGGGGCGCGGCCCCCGGGCGGCCGAGAGCUCCGCCUCGUCUCAGGGGCCCGCUGCGCUUCCCGUCUCCUCCUUCUUUGGUCGCCGGCACCCCUGCGUCCCGGUGCUCCGGGCACAGAGUCGCAGGAGCUGAGAGCUGCGGCCUAAGGUGGCGUCAGACUCCUCCUAGUCAGGGCCUCGGCCGGCCGGCCCGCCCGGGAACCCCCCCCCGCCCCCCGGCCCCAACCCGGCGUGCUGGACAGGACCUUUCCCCCCAGGAGAGAAUGCAGGUGAAGAAAAGGAGGCGCAGAAAGGUGCUAGCACCAUUAGUGUGGUAGGACAGUCUGUGUACUUGGCGAGACUAACCGAGGUUCGAGAGGACCCUGGAGGGGAAGAUGAUGUGCCAAGAUUUGAUUUUGAGUUGGAGCUCCCUCCCUGGGAACUGCGGUCAUCUACAUUUUAUGGUAAGUGGCUGUUAUCAAAGGAGCUCUGAUGCCUCAGAUUCUUCAGGUAGCGCUGCUUCAACAGCUCAGGACACUUUGCACACUUCUGGUUAGUUCUCUCAGUACCUUUGGAAGAGAAAAGCAAGUAUGUGCCAACAGAGGCCCGGCCGCACUCUUGGUUGAAAAUUUGCAGCUUAUGCAGUGCCAAAUGGUCGGUUUGACUUUUCUUUCUUUCGUUUUAAAAAUUUCCCUUGAACUGGAGCUGAACUAGAGUAUUGCUUUGAGCGUCAGAUGUCCUUGGUUUUAGUUUCUGGCUGUGUGUAGCUGUGUGACAUUUCACAGAUCACUUUUCUCUGGGGUGAGUGACUGUGAACUUCAGGGCUCCUUCCAGACAUAAUGCUUUCUGUGUUUCUGCUCAGCUGCAACAGCUAGAGUAUCUGACAGUAAACCAGUAGCAGAGUUUGUACUGGAACACAUGUCUUAUAACCCAUUUAACCUUUACUUGAAAAAAUUAAUGUAAAGCUUUUUAAUUGAAAUAUAAUAUACACUUAGUAUAGAAAGUAUAUAAAGUACUCAUCUUUCGUCUUUUUUGC